AUGGAGGAGAGCAGCGGAAACAGGGGUGGAACACGGGUGAGAGGGAAAGCCUCCCCCGGAGAGGGUGGCGGAGAGGAUCGGUCGGGUCGUGUGUUGCGGGCUGCUGCGGCUCGGGCGCGACAGUUCUGCUCCGGCCACCGGCGGUGGAUUUUCGCGGGAGCGGCGCGGCGUACCUCCUCCGCGAGAGGACCAACCCCGUACGGCCCCGUACGAGAGAGGGUAAGGAGGACGGGGAGAAGAAAGGCUCUCUCGAUCCGCGCUCUGGUAACCUUCUCGAGUGCGUCGCGGCCUCGGUUGUCCUCGUUGCGAGCAGCGAGCGGCCACGGAAACGUGUUUCCGCGCGCCAAGAGAGACGACGACGGCGACGACGACGGUGGUGGUGGAGGUGGUGGUGGUAGUGGUGGUAGUCGUGGUCGUGGUGGUGGUGCUAGUAAACGGCGCCGAAGGACGAGGGACAACGACGGAGGGAGGGGGAGAGGGACAAGGCCGGAACGCGGCUCGAAACGACCACCGGACCAGGGGAUCAAUCGGCGACGGCAUGAGGAAACGCCUAGAGGCGCGCACGGCUGCUGCUAUUGUUUCAUCAUUAACGAGGCCGGACCGGUCGCGUCAUUAUCGAAGAACGCGAGCGUGAUGAGCGCCGAAUUCGAACGUUGA